AUGUUCAGCCAAUCAACAGUGCAAGAUCUAGCUCAACGAUCUCACAUUCUCUGUCAACAACUAUUUUGUUCGGCUUUCGAUCGAAAAGAACAAUCUGUCUAUGAACUAUCUAUUCUUUUACCUGCGGAACAUCAACUAACGAAAGAACUAAGUAAUUAUGUUAUAACACCCAAUGUCACUUGUUGCAUUCAUCAACAAUUCGUCAAACAAGCAGUGAUGCAUCCUGCUAAAGCGGCUGUUACACUUGAUGAACAGACUUUAACUUAUGAAGAACUACUAUCUCAAGUCCAACAACUAGCAUUUUUUCUCAUCAAUAAUCGAGGUGUACAACCAGGCGAUAUUAUUUGUGGUAUUUAUGCUCCACUAACUCCAACUGAUCCUUUCGAUCGUCUACAAUCACUUAUUCAUCAAGUUGAUGCUAAGUUAGUGCUUGUCAGUCAAAACUCACCUUCACAUUUGAAUCAAUGCAAUGUACCGAUUGUCGACAUCUCAGAAAUACUUGACUCUUCUGUUCCUCUUAACGAUGUUGAGAUUGAACAACUAUCUCAAGUUGUUGUCACACCGCAAUCGAUGUCUCAUAUUGUGUUCACAUCAGGAUCAACUGGUCUUCCAAAAGCUGUUCAACUUCGUCAUCGCAAUUUGUUAACUUACAUAAAAGCUCAUAUCAUAGAAGAAAAUGAUGUUGUUGUUCAGCUGUCGAGUUCUUCUUUUGAUUCUCAUUUGGAAGAUAUUGGUGGUGCACUUCUUCAAGGUGGUCAUUUAGUUCCUCUCAAAGCUGGAGGUCAUCUUGAUUUUGAUUAUAUGACAAAAAUCGUUUAUGAGAAAAAUGUCACGUAUAUUGCACAUGUGCCAUCUUGGAUCAAUGCUUUAAGUGAAUUUCUUAGCGAAAACUAUGACGCUCGAGAAAGAAUGAGACAAGUGCAUUGGUGGUACUUAGGAGGUAAGGAAAAGUAUAGUGAACAAUUGUUGAGUUCAACAGUUUCUCAGCUCUUACCAUUCAUCAACGAACAAAGUCGGAUUCUAAAUGCUUAUGGACCGGCAGAAACUACAUUGGUGGCCACUUGUUAUGAGAUUCAUCGCAACGAUCUUUCCACAAUGAUUUCAUUGCCCAUUGGUCAUCCACUAGAGGGAUAUCAAGUUUAUCUUCUUGAUGAAUAUCGGCAACCAGUAGUACCCGGUAAAGAAGGUGAACUGAUCAUUGGAGGUGCUGGUGUGUUUGCUGGUUAUUAUGGACGAAUGGAUUUGACAAGGCAAUUUCUGAUUGAGGUGGAUGGUGAGCAAUUCUAUAUGACUGGCGACUUAGCUCGAUUCGAUGUUGAAUUAAAUGAGCUUGUUUUUAUUGGUCGACGAGAUUUUCAAGUGAAGCUGCGUGGUCAACGUAUUGAAUUAUCUGAAAUUGAAUCAGUAAUUCUUCGUUCGUCGUCGGAGAUAAUGAAUUGUGUUUUAAUGAAAGAAGGUCUUGAAACUGAUAGUUACUUGUAUGCAUAUAUUCUAGUUAGAGGACACAAGGAAAAUCAUGAUAUGCGAGAUGAAACGAUUGGAUUCUGUAAUUUGUAUUUGGCUCCGUAUAUGAUACCAUCGAAAUGGUUGUUUAUUCCAGAAUUUCCACUAAACGCAAAUGGUAAAAUUGACCGAAAGAAAUUAUCAGAUAUUGGUAAAAUCGCAGAUUUACAUUCACAAGACAGACCUACAACCAUAUUGUCUCCACUGGAACGAAAGUUGCAAGAUAUUUUCUCCCGAGCAUUUCAUCUAGAUUCGCUACCUGAUAUUCGAAUGUCAUUCGGUCAGCUAGGUGGGACAUCACUGGGUGCUAUGCGUGCACUCAUUUUCAUUCGACAAGAAGUGUGUGAGAAAAUAGACUUUGAACUUCUUAUGAAAAGUCCUUCGAUAGGAGAAUUGGCCGUUGCCUUAGAACCAUUUUUCUCUGUAGUAAAGAGUGAUGAGAAGAGCAAAGAGGGAGUUAAUGAUAAUAAUGAUGAAGAAGAUUUUUCAGUUCGACCUCGCCCUUCAUGGAUUAUUGAAACACUUGGUAUUAUUCUCCUGGCAUGUCAAUGGCUGUGGCCAAUCUUUGUGGCAACUAGAUUACAUUUUAGUUUCUUUCAAAUUCUUCUUAUUCCAUUAAUACAUCUAGUACAAUAUCCACUAUUCAUGAAACUAUUUGGCGGAUCAAAUCGACGAGGUCGAGACACUCUUUAUACGUGGCGUUAUUAUCGUUUAUGGUUUCUACGAUGCCAGUGGUCGCUUAAUAUUUAUUGUCUUGAGUAUUUGCUGGGCACUCCAUUUUACAACGCCUAUCUCCGUCUAUGUGGCGCACGUGUCAGUGAUGGAACACAUAUUUAUACUACGCACAUUGAUGCACCUUGGCUGCUAGAAGUUGGAAAUGGUACUUAUAUUGGCAGCGAAGUUGUUCUCUCUUCUCUGACGUACCACGAUCGUAUUUAUUAUUUACACGAAAUUCGUAUCGGAUCUCACUGUUCAAUUGGAGCACGAUGUGUUCUUCAUGAUCGAGUACAGAUACAUGAUGGUGUUCUCUUAGAGCCGCUGACUGCAGUCACAGGUCAAGUUUCUGGAAAAUAUCAAGAAAUUUCAGCGUCACGUUCGCUUACUUAUGGUCAAUUGUCUUUUCAAUUUGUUUCUAUCUUUGCAACGGCUGGCACACAUGUAUUCAUUCUUCAGUUGAGCUGGGCUUUGGUGUGUUGGUUGCCGUUGUAUUUGAGUAUGCCAAUAUGUUGGUUAUUCUGGUGUUUGCUUGGUACUGGCAUCAGUCUUAUCUUGCUUCGCUGUGUAGUUGGCAAUGUUGAACAAAACUUCUCCUAUCCACUCAAUUCCUGGCAGUUUCUUCAUCAAUUUUGGUUGCGUCAACUAGUUCUCAGUUCUUUUACUCCUUGUCUUUCACCUAUCUUAGACGAAAUGUAUUCCAUUGCUCCGUCAAUCCUUUAUUGGUUAGGUACCGCAACAGAACCUAGUAAUAUUCAAUUCGGUGAAUUUGUCAAUUUUUUAACAAUACCGUCAAAUCUACUCUCACUUGGACAUGGUGUCACGAUUACAUCUGACGUAUUAUUCGUUCCGUAUGAAGUCACAACAAACGGCCAGUGUGUCGUUGUCGGUCCCAUUCAGAUCGGUAAUGGAUGCUUUCUUGGCAAUAAAUGUAUUCUUCGAUCGGGUGUUUGCCUUCAAGAGAACAUGCUAAUUGGUUCUCUGACACGGGUUGAUUCGACAACUAUUAAUGAAAAGCAAAAGGACAUCCAUUUAAUCACGAUUGGUAGUCAUGCACGUUUAUCAUUGACAUCUCAAAUACAAUGUCACACAUUUGAACAACGCCACUUGAAACUUCGUCCCGUUACAAUCGGCCCUGCCUCCAUUAUUAAACCAAUGUCACUUAUCUUACCUGGUGUUACAUUAAUUGGUGAUAAUCAUCUGGCACCUUGUUCAGUAGUUCUCCCCCAUGAUCGACUAGAAGCGCACACUGAUUGGUCCGGUUCACCAAUAAAGCGCAUUGUUGUUCAUCAAGGUUUGGAGCCACCACAACAUAUUCUUGUCAAGCGUCAGUCGAUGUUAGGUGAAUAUGAUGUGAUUGUCGGUCGAUUUAACAAUGAUAUGCUUACCAUCUAUUUUGGAGAAAAUGGAUGGGCACAAUGGCAAACAGGUGUAAACUUGCGGCGCCCGUUUCGACCAGAUGACCUGUGGGUUCAAUUACUUUUCACAACGUUUUUAUGCAAACCAAUCUCAAAUCGAGUACUCAUCAUCGGUCUCGGCGGUGGCAUUUUACCCAUACUCAUUCGACACUAUUUUCCGUCUGUCGUAAUUGAUGUAGUCGAAAUUGAUGAAACAGUUAUAGAAGUAGCCGUUGAUUAUUUUGGACUUGCUGAGCAAAUGACAGAUGGGUAUUUAAAUAUUAUCGCUGCUGAUGGUUUUCGUUAUGUAAACGAAACAACACAUCGCUAUGACAUCAUUUUUAUGGACGCGUUCACAGACAAGACAAUGCCUGUUCAUAUAAAUACUCGUCAAUUCUUUAUCAAUUUACGUAGUAUUUUGACAGAUGGUGGCUGCUUGGCAACGAACUCCAAUGUUCCUACAGAUGAAGAAUUUAGCCGACUUGUCGAAACUCUUUCGUCAACAUUCGAAGCGAAUGUCUCAUUGCAUCACAGUAAUAUCCAAGAAAAUGCUCGGACUAUCAUUUCUGGUAGUCGAUCGUCUUUAACACCAAUUAUUUCACAAGAACAAGCUAUUCAGGAAGCAAAACGACUUGAGGUGAAUGCGCGUUUGGAGUUUGGUUUAUCGCGAUUAAUCUCAUUGGCGUACCGUGGUUUACUUAUCGAGAGCACAUCUGAAAAAUGA